ACAGGGUAAAUUGAAAUAAACUCAGCUAAAACUGGAACUUUCUGUAAUUUUAAAAGAGAUUCACUAAAUUAUGGAAUGACAUCAUAUCCUUUUCCUAAUGUUUGCUUCUGUUGUGUGUCCUCAGCUAUGAGCUUUCCAGACAGCUGGAGUUUCCUCAAGACACUUCACCAUCCAGCAGUGGCUGGAGCCACCGAAUGCUCACCAAGAAACUCUCAUCGCUUUUGUCCGGGAAUGAGGGAUCCAGAAAGAAUGCAGAUCAGAUCAGCGUGUCCUCGUCAGGAUCUAGCAGCUCUGAAACUGAGGACAUGUCUUCUCAAUCGUCAGCUUUUAUAUCACCGUCUCAUUCUAGCUGCGGUCAGAGCUCGACUGAGGCUUUUCCAUCAUCUUACACUCCAGAUUCCUCCAUCAUGUCCAGUUCGUCCUUCAGCUCUCAGCAGGACCUCAGUCUGAGCCAACCUUCUCCCUCAUCAUCUUCAGCUUCAUCAGACCCUCAGCACGUCUCGUCUCAUAAACGCUCGUUCUCCAUGACCACCCUGCCUUUCUACAACCGACAGGUGGACGACUCCUGCAUCAUCAGGGUCAGCGUGGAGUUCUGCAACAAUGGCAACAUGUACAAGAGCAUACUGUUGACCAGUCAGGAUAAGACGGCACAGGUGAUCCAGAGAGCGCUGCAAAAACACAACCUGGAGGAUGUCGAUGAGCAGGAUUUCACCCUCAUACAAAUUCUGGCCCAAGGCAGAGAGUUGCUUAUCCCCGAAAAGGCCAACGUCUUUUACGCCAUGUCUACAUCAGCCAACUAUGACUUUGUUCUACGCAGAUGCCCAAAAGAUCAACGCAAACAACUCAUACGCUCCAUUUCGCUGUCAUCAGGACGAGCAACAAAAUAACAGCUUCCAUUUCUGGAGAAUUGACUUCAUUCAGACACUAAAGGAAAUUUUUCUACGUGAAACUACAUUCACAAGCUUUUUAAAGGGGACCUAUUAUGCAAAAAUCCCUUUUAUAAGGGGUUUAAACACAGUUGUGUGGCAAGUCUGUGAAAAUAACCAAACUCUAAUGGUAAAGAUGUAUUAAUUACAUUUUUAUUAUCACACUAGAUUAAAACAGUCUGCAGAAACACUUUGAUUGACAUUCUCAGUGCUAGUUGUACGUGCCAACAGAGGAGAAAGCCCCGCCCAGUAGUGACGAUCUGUCCCUCAUUAGCAUAGGACAGUAGUCCUGUUGUUGAACCUGCCACUAAUGCUGACACACAGGCAUUUGUAGCUCCUCCCUCUUUUGAAAAAGAGCAAACUCAUUUGAAUUUAAAGCGACAGUCACCAAAAUGAAACAAUUAGGAUCAGAGCGUUAAAGGAGCAGCUUUAAAAACAUUGUUUGAUUGGUAUUUUGAGUUGAAACUUAACACACACACACACACACACACACAGAAAGCAUGAUAGUUCCCCUUUAAAUGUCCAUAAUGGCUUUCAUUUCAAUGCAUCAGGAAACCCAAGAUGAGAUUUCUCUUUUUUUAAUGCAUACAUGUACUUGGUUAAAAAAUGAAAACGUGAGGACAACUUGAACUUGAAUGUGGCUUUGCGGUGGAAAGGCAAAUGUCACGGGUUCAGUUUCAUGAACUCGUAACCCUGUCCCGGCUGCUUUGAAUUGUUUUAAGUGACAAGAACACGAUAACAAACGCUGCACCUUCUUGAAUUCCUCACAUUCAGUGCAGUGAUAAAGGGAUGAAGCGAUGUUUUCGGCGACCUUCAGCUCUCAUUCUUUGCCUGUCAUAAAGAGAUGUUCAAACCAGAUACACUAUUAUAAUGCGAAAACCUUGAAUAGAAACACAAUCACACACCCAGAGGCCUGGGAUGAGACUUUUAUAAAGGUCAGUAUGGUUGAUAUCAGUUUAUUGUGAUUAUACCAUGCGACGAUGGCUUGUAUGUGAGGACAACCUUUCAUAUUUCUGUCCAAUUUUAUGUGGGGUUUUCAUUCGAGGGCAUUUUAUAAAUUUGUUGUUAAAUAUCACUGUAUGGGGUUGUUUUGCUGCAUUACUUAACAUUCAUUGAAUGCUUUUAAUGCCAGCUAACAGGAAACCUUCAUCUAAUGUUAUGGCAACGUUCUUUCAAUGUUAUGAACAAACGUUUUUUUUUUUAAUUGCAGAUUUUAGAUGGGUUAAGAUAAAUCAGAAAAAUCCAUACAAAUUGUGUUAUUUACACUGUAAAAAUGCUGCCCAGCAAGCACACAACAUCAUGAGAUGUUAAUAUUUGGUUAGAUUCAGGUUGUGACAUCAGGUGACCAAAAUGCAAAGUCUAGCCAGUGUCUAAGGAGAACGUUAGUUUGACGUCCAAUGAUAUUUAGUUGUUUUAGGUUGUGUGACUAAAAAUCCAGCGUUGAGCCAACAUCUUAAACCAACAUCAUAUUGACAUCAAAUACUGACACUUAUUCUUCAGAUAUGGCAACCAAACUCUGACGUCUGAUAGAC